AUGAAUUCCAACGGAAAUAAUUCAUCUGUUGUGAGCAAUGACGGAGAUUCCGACGAUGAGUUUUCAGACGAUGAAAUGUGGAAUAACAUGGACUUUGGUGCGUUUGAUUUAAUCGAAAUUGGCGAGCGUGAACAAAACAUCAUUCAGCGUGCAAACUUAGAAGAAAACGAUGCCGAUGACGACCUGCAAGAUGACUUGCCAUUGUUUUAUCAUGCACCUGAAUUUACCUGGACACGUGAGCCAUAUUUAGUUAGGUGCCGAUCAACUUUUGCUAAAAAUCCGGGCCCCGUAAAAUUGUUUGACAUUGACACUAAGGCCACUCAGUAUUUUUCUUUGUUUUAUACCAAUGCAAUGUUUGAAAAAAUUGUGGAAUUUACAAACAUGAAUGCCAUGAGAAAGCGAACCACAGAUCCAGGAAACAACAGAGGUGUGUGGUACAAUGUCACUGUUGAAGAAAUAAAGGCAUAUUAUGGGGUACUGAUUUUGAUGGACGUCAUAACCUGUGACAGAGAUGAACUGUACUGGAGCCAGAGCACAGAUUACCCCUAUAUCAGGACUGAAAUUCCAAAAAUAUUUUCACGGGACAGGUUUAUGCAAAUACGCAGGUACCUACAUUUUUCAGAUGACUCUAAUGUAGAUCAAACUGAUAAACUUUUUAAAUUUCGAUACAUGAUUGACAACAUAGGACAGGCAUUCAAAGAACAUUAUGUUCCACAUGAACAUAUUUCGGUGGAUGAAGCAAUGAUUCCAUUCAAAGGCAGGCUUAGCUUCAAGCAAUAUAUGAAAGACAAGCCAGUUAAAUUUGGGAUAAAAAUGUGGGUCCUGGCUGAUGCAGUGACGGCAUAUUGCCAUAACUUUGAUAUAUAUGUUGGCAGGUUUACCCAAGGUGUGAACAGGUUCUUUGGCUUGAGUGGUCAGGUGGUGAUAUCACUGACACGACAUCUGCAAGAUGAGGGUAGAACUGUGUACACUGAUAACUUUUAUACCAGCCCAAUUCUAGCGCAUUACCUGGAAUCAAAAGGAAUUUACACCUGUGGUACUGUCAGGUGUAACAGGAAGGGUUUUCCGGUGGGGUUGGUAAAGCCAAAAAAUGAAGAAAACCGACAACCUCGUGGCCACAUGGAAUGGCGACAGUGCGGUUCCCUGAUUGCACACAGCUGGAAGGACAACCGUACUGUGUACUACCUGAGUACUGGUCUUGUACCAGAACAGGAAGGACUGACGACUAUAAGAAAGAAGAAAGAUGGGAGCAGAGUAGAAUUUCCCUGUCCACCAGCAUCGUCGCAGUAUCAAAAGUACAUGGGUGGUGUCGACAGAAUGGACCAAAUGACAAGGCUGAACAAAGAGAAAAAGACGAUGCGAUGGUACAGGAGAGGAGAACGCAAGCUAUUCGAAAUUUCUAUUUACAAUGCGUACAUCAUCUGGGAAACGGCGGCGAGAUCUUUUAUCGUUCCGACUUGA